GCGGGUUCCAUCAGGGAUUGUUACAUGAGCGCCGCGUUCUGUGCCUCGGACAUGCCCAAACAGCGCCUCGAACGUAAACAAUAGUCACCGGCCGCGGCUGGAGUUGCUGGCGGGGGAGCGCGCUAGAGCCGCUCGGCUGGAGACCCCGCGCCUGUGCUUUGGGGGCCUGCUACCGUCGGAGAAGCGGCUCCAGCCCCUGCUCCGUUCCCCCCAUGGAGGGUCUCUACUCGCUGGGGGUGAGCGUGUUCUCCGACCAGGGAGGCAGGAAAUACAUGGAGGAUGUGACCCAGAUCGUGGUGGAGCCGGAGCCGCCGGCUGAAGGGGAGGAGGGCCCCCCUUACAAGGGCGGAUCGGUGCCUGGAAGCCAGCGGGCGGCCGAGUCCCGGGCCAGGCACGACCUCCUGCCCGCCAGCUGUCGGAGGAGAGGCGCUAGCCCGAAGGCGGCGGAAGAGGAAGAGCAGUCCCCCGGCUCCAGCCAGUGCCCCCGCCGAUCCGUGGCCUUCUUCGCCGUGUGUGACGGGCAUGGGGGCCGGGAAGCGGCCCAGUUCGCUCGGGAGAACCUCUGGGGUUUCAUCAAGAAGCAGAAGGGAUUCUGCUCCGCGGAGCCGGCCGAGGUGUGCGCGGCCCUGCGCAAGGGCUUCAUUGCCUGCCACCGGGCCAUGUGGAAAAAGCUGCCAGAGUGGCCGAAGACCAUGACUGGCCUCCCAAGCACAUCAGGAACUACCGCCAGUGUGGUAAUUAUCCGUGGGUCAAAGAUGUAUGUGGCGCAUGUUGGAGAUUCAGGAGUGGUGCUGGGAGUCCAGGAUGACCCCAAAGACGACUUUAUUAGGGCUGUGGAGGUGACACAGGACCAUAAGCCUGAACUUCCAAAAGAAAAGGAGAGAAUCGAAGGGCUUGGGGGCAGUGUGAUCAAUAAGUCUGGUGUGAAUCGGGUUGUCUGGAAGAGACCUCGGCUGACUCACAAUGGCCCUGUGCGGAGGAGUACAGUCAUUGACCAGAUUCCAUUCCUGGCCGUGGCACGAGCGCUUGGUGAUCUGUGGAGUUACGAUUUCUACAGUGGUGAAUUUGUUGUGUCUCCUGAACCAGACACUAGUGUAUAUACGCUUGAUCCCCAGAAGCACAAAUACAUUAUCCUAGGCAGUGAUGGACUGUGGAACAUGAUCCCACCUCAAGAUGCUAUUUCUAUGUGCCAGGAUCAUGAGGAGAAACAGUAUUUUAUGGGAGAACACAGACAGUCUUGUGCCAAAAUGCUGGUGAACAGAGCACUAGGUCGGUGGAGGCAGCGCACGCUUCGUGCAGAUAAUACUAGUGCUAUUGUAAUCUGCAUUGCGCCGGUGCUGGACGAUCCGAGCAACUGGGAAAAUGAAGAGGAAUUGUAUCUCAACUUGGCAGAAGGCCCUUGCUACAGCAGUCCUGAUAUGUGCAUGAUGACACCGUCCCGCUGCUGUACCCCUCCUGUCAAGCUUCUAGAAGAGGAUCUGUGGCCACGACUGAACUCCUCUGAGCCUGUUCCUUCUCUCAUGCAUAGCAAUGUGAUCUUGGAUAAAUAUUCCGAGCUGUCCAGUGAGAUUGCUAAAAGCAGUAUACCGUUGGCGGUAGCAUCCUCUAGGGAUCCAGGCCCACAGGAGGAGAAUUGUAGCAAAACACUAGCUUUGAGGAUUCAUGAAUCUUACAGCAAUGGCUUGUCAGUUACCCUCUCCCCUUCCAACUCAGCAAAUUCAAGCAUGGACCAAAAAAGCUUAAAGAUGUCUCCUAAUGGCCAAACAAAAUCCCAAGAAGCAGAGAGGACACCUACAGGAAACUUUAAACGGACAUUAGAAGAAUCUAAUUCUGGCCCAGCUUUGAAAAAGCCAAGACGUAGCCUGAGUCGAAACAUUAGCGUCCAGCCAGAAAGCCUGUCCACAACUCCACAGCGCAAAAACUCAAACAAGCUCACCAUGCGGCGAAGCCUGAGGGGACAGAAGAAGCUUGGCAAUUCACUAUUCCACCAGACCAGGAAAGCCGUUUGUGUUUGCUGAGGGGUGUUUGUGUGAGCACAGUUUGGUCUGAUUAGAAUGUUGAAGUUGGUGCAGAAAUUUGAAACUCUUCCUGUUUAUCUUUUUUUAAAGUAGAAAACUUUUUGGUAUUGAACAGCUUUAUUCUCAGCCUUGUACUGCUUGUAUUAUAACUGUGAAUUUUGUAGAUGUGUAGGGUAUAAGUCUCUGUAAAAUGUGUGUAAAUUUGUACUCCUUCAUACAAAUGUAGUCUCUUUUUUCCCCCUUGUAUAAUUGUUACAACAGGGCUAAACGUUGUUUAAAAGAAGAUGUUUAAUCUUUUUUGUUAAUUUACUAAAGUCAUGAAUUUGUAUAAGCUUCUUGUGAUGAGAAUUUCACAACUUUUUAACUGAAGUAAAUUAUUAAAUAGAAUGGAAGAUAUGUAUUUUCGUAGUACUAUACGUUCAACCCAAAGUGUGUCUUUUAGAGAAUACUCUAGACCUAUUUUUUGUUCUUAAAUUUUAGAUUUCUCUAUUCAGAAAUGAAAUGGAAGCAGAGAUGUUGUGUUACUUUACACAGCUCAAUAUCAAUUUCUUUAUCUUAAUUAAAAUACUAUGCAGUAUCUUAUUCAGUUGUAUUUUUUGUAACCUUAAUCGUCAAAGUAUUUAGCAAAAAAAAUUGUGGGUUUUUUUUUUUUAAAUUUCUGAAAACCCCAGCCCAUCCUACAAAGCCAUUCUCAUCCUCUGUAGUAAUUUAUGGCAUUUUUAUCCAGGCAUUUGGUAGUGGUAUUUCUUUUAAUAUAUGUGCCCUAUAAAGGCAUUUUUUGUUAUUUAACUAACCGAUGGUACUGCUAAUUCCUUUCCAACGUAAGUCAUCAAAUUAUUUUAUGAUUUACAGUUUUCAUUGAGUAUGUGGACCAUAUAUAUGUUCACCUAAAUAAAACAAGUGAAAACUUG